CGCAGGGGUUCUCGCUGUGCAUUCGCAUGCGAUCACCGGACACUACUAGCUAAUUUGUCUUCGCACAUACUUCUGAGAGUUGCUCCUUUCAGCCGUUGUCACGCGUGCCCCAUGGUGAUUUUGGCGAUCAGCGUGACGCUGAUGCAGCCGUUCAAACGCGGACAGCCCCUGACUAGCUGGAAGCCGCCACAGCGUCAUCCGAGUCGCCUGAGCAGUCCCACCCGACCUUCCACCGGCACCGACAGAAGAAUUCCUUGAGCUUCGGUCUCCAGUUGACAUUAAUGCUGAACUUGCCUAGAUUUUAUCACCUCUCUCUCAGCUCUUUUCACAACAUUGCGCCCGAUCGGGCCCUUGAAAUUGUUCACAGCCAUGCAGAGGUGCAUGCAGCCUGCAGUAGCGACGGCUGAGUCCCUUUCUAUUAGCGCCUGGACCGCUUGUAUUCUGCCGGUUGCAUGAUGUUUGUUGGACGCCUUUUCGCUGGGGUGGUACUCUGGCAUGGCGUCAUAGGCGGACCCCUAAGCCCCGCGGCAGACGGGAGCGCGGCAGCAGCGCGCUCUGCCCCGCGGAAGCUGCACGGGAGGUUCCUGCACAUCACGGACAUCCAUCCCGACGAAUACUACAAAGUGUACUCGUCCACAGAUGAAGACGCCGCGUGCCACAGGGGCAAGGGUCCCGCGGGACUCUACGGCGCCGAAACGACGGACUGCGAUAGCCCCUUCUCCCUCGUGAACGCGACUUUGGACUGGAUCGAGGCGCACCUCAAGGACACGAUCGACUUCGUCAUCUGGACAGGCGACAGCGCCCGCCACGACCGCGACGAGAACCUGCCGCGCAACACCGACCAGGUGCUUGGCACCAACGCGUGGAUUGCUGACAAGCUCGCCGACCUGUUUCGCGAUGGGAGCGGCGAGGGCAUGGCGGUGCCGGUGGUGCCGACCUUUGGCAACAACGACAUACUCCCGCACAACAUCCUGCUGCCGGGCCCCAACAAAUGGCUGCAGCGAUACGCGCACAUCUGGCGCCACUUCAUCCCCGAGGAGCAGCGCCACAGCUUCGAGUUCGGUGGCUGGUUCAGCGUCGAGGUCAUUCCUGACCGCCUGGCCGUCUUCAGCCUCAACACGCUCUACUUCUUCGACCGCAAUGCCGGCGUCGACGGCUGUGCGAGCCCCGCGGAGCCCGGGUACAAGCAGAUGGAGUGGCUGAGGGUGCAGCUCCAGUUCCUGCGGGAGCGCGGAAUGAAGGCGAUCCUGAUGGGCCACGUGCCGCCGGCGCGGACCGAGAGCAAGAGGCUGUGGGACGAGACGUGCUGGCAAAAAUACUCGCUGUGGGUGCACCAGUUUCGGGACGUCGUCGUGGUCGGGCUAUACGGACAUAUGAACAUCGAUCAUUUUCUCAUCCACGAUAAGGACGACAUCGACAUUGCAGCCCUGGCGGGUUCGUCUGAGCUGGGAGUACGCGAGGUAGAGGAGGAGGAUUCCGAGGAGGAGGAAAUCUCGGUGCGGUCUGCGUCCAAUUACUUAUUGGAGUUGCGCGCCGACUGGGCUAAACUCGCGCCACCGCCCAAAGCCGGCAAAGGGAUAGAUAAGGUGGGCAAAGGGAAGAAGGGGAAACAUCCGCAGGACCCCUGGGGCGAGCAGUACUUUCUCUCCCUGGUCAGCCCUAGCGUUGUGCCGAAUUACUUCCCGACACUGCGCGUCCUGGAAUACAACAUCACUGGCCUCGAACACGCCUUGUCGUGGAAGGAUGCGCCCAAGAAAACCAUUUCCCAGAAGACUGUCGACGAGUCCCGGAAACACCUCGAACUCCGCGACCUCCUUACCAACAAUGUCGACGACACGGACCUCAGGCCGGAAACUAACGACGCAGAUACCGCCGGAAAGAAGCACAAAAAGAAGAAGAAAAAGAAAAAGAAGCACGGCAAGAAACCGCCCUCCAAAGGCAAAGACCCCAACCUCCACGUUCCCCUUCCGCCCUCGGAAUCCGCUCCUCCGGGGCCAGCCUACUCCCCCCAGCCGUUCACCCUGACAGGGUACACGCAGUAUUUUGCCAACCUAACACGCAUCAACAACCUGAACCUAACCGACCCAUCUAUCUCGUCCCCGAAAUCCUCCCAUCAACAUACACGAAAAAGCGAAAAUGACAAUGAGGGAGAUGGGUUCGGUGGAGACGGGUGGUGGGCUUGGGACUGGCUCAGGCGCUGGAGAAAGGGCAAGCACGGCGGCAAGAAGCCAACGCGACCGCCGCAGCCGCGCGAGUUUGCGUACGAGGUCGAGUACAGCACGUUUGAGGACAAGGUGUACCGGCUGGAGGACCUGACGGUGAAUAGCUGGGUGGAACUGGCGUAUCGGAUGGGGGCUGCUUCGCGGGAGGUGUCGGGACCCGACGUCUACGGGGAUGACGGUCCUGAGGAAUGGGAGGAGCUUCGGGAGGACGAGGACGGGGAGAGUUGCGAGAGUGACGAGGACAGUGACGAGGACAGUGAACGAGAUGACGACGACGGCGACGAUGAUGUUGAUGAUGAUGAGGAUAGCGAGGUAGAGGCAGAGGGGAAGAAGAAGAAGAAGAAGAAAAAGAAGGGAAAGAAUAAAAAAGGUAAAAAGGACAGAAAGAAGAAGGGAAAGCCGAACGAUACGUGGAUACACUUUCUGAGGCACGCGUUUGUCAAGACGAUGGACGAGGACGAGCUGGAUGAUCUCACAUGAGCAGACAGCGGUAGGUUGCGAUUUUUUGGCUAUCUAUAAUACCUAACCUGACCUGGGAGGAUAUAGCUAGGCAUCGCUGGCGUUGUGCUCUCGACGAAACGUAGAGUCUUACGGAGUAGAGUUUUAAGAAUAGGGAACUUAGUUUCAGACUAGAGUCUAAUCAAACGUACACGAUCGGGUACGUGAUCCAUCGCUAAGAGCGGACUGUUAUCUCGGACCUCUCUGCAUUCCGCGCAUUGGCUGAGGUGGAAUAAAACAGUGGUGAGGUUCUUGACUCUGUUGAGUGCUCGUGUU